GAUGAGAGUAUCUUUCUUAAGAUUGCGGAAGAGAACUUCACAUCGUACUACCAGCCAUUGAUCCCGCCGGUCAAUAUACUGCGGAGGAAGGUAUUUCCAAACGGUGAGAGGUGGAAGAGACCGGAGCCGGAGCUUUAUUCCUUGAUGAAGGAGAUCCUUCGCGAAGCCCGGAAGGACCCAAACGUGGUGGCGGAUGGCGGAUAG